ACAGUUGAAAACAGCAAGAAGCAGCGUCGAUAUCCUCUCGGACCUUGGAGGGUUACAUUUACCCAAAACUUAUUUUCAAAUGGGCCCCGUCGCCUAGCGUUUACUCCCCCAGCCUCGCCGACUGAGUUGAAUUGGGUGCUACUGAACAUCAAGCACGUCUGGGUCACUAAAAGGUUUCCAUCAAGCACAGCGAACAGCAACCAACAACAGAAGAAUGGCAGCUAUUCCAGCAGGCGGUUCACUUGUGGCGACCACUGACUACUACCGAAGGCGCAUUGGCUCUACGUCCAGCAGCAGCUCUUGCGGCAGUUCGGAGUACAGCGGAGAGGUCAUUCCUCACCAUCCAGGACUCCCCAAGCAGGACUCUGGCCAUUGGUGGUCCAGUUUCUUCUUUGGGAAGCAGCCAGGGAUGACCCCACUGACUGAGGAGGCACAGAUGAAGGCGGGGGUCCCCGGUGCGGUGACGAAUGGUCAGAUCACCUGCGUUGCCAGGGAGAUGGUUAUGCAACGCCAGGUGAGUGAGAGCAGCGAUGCAGGAAGUCCCACCUCCUCCUGAUCCUGCAGUCUCACUCCGAUGAUCCACACCACACCUUGGGGGGGAAUUGAACCAACGACCAACGCUAGGUGACGGGAGGAUGUCCCGUUUACAACCUUUAGUUUUUUUGUUUGUUUUUUUAUUUAAUUUUUUUUAUAUUAUUCAUUGUAGUAUAGGCUGCCUUACUUAUUCUUGUUUUGGUAACCUUGUGUUUUUUUUAUUGACAACCAAAAAAAAGAAAUGAAAAUGAAAAAAAAAAAAAAAAAAAAAAAAAAAAAAAAAUUAUGCAACUGAUAAGCUCUUUUUUUUUUUUUUCUUUUUUUUUUUUAUUAAACAUUUGUACUGUUCUGUGUUUGUAAUACUGUGGUGCAAAGACACACUGUGGUGCAUACACAUCCACAUGCCUUUGUUAAACAUUUUUCACCUUGUCACCCUGUGAUUGCAAAUGCAAUAAAGUAGACUCUUGCAGCCUAA